CUUAGUCACCGGUCUCCCCCUCAGGGUCCGAUGCCAAAUGAAGACAUUGAUUGGACUCGACUGGACUCUCUGGAGAAAUACCGCAGUUACACUCGCUACGUGAGAGCGGCAGAGGAGACCGACCGGAAAGAUGUUUGGUGGAAGACCUAUAGGAAAUACCGAGAGGAGAAGAAAGAAGCCGUUGAACCGGUCAACAUUGGGCUCCCGCAUCAGCGUCCCUCCAGGGAGACAGAGGUGAAGGAGAGGAAGAAGGUGAUGCUGGAGAACAAAAAGAACCCAGAGAUGGAAAGAGACGAUCGACUACGAACAU